CAUAUAUUCUUCCUUCUCUCCUCACAUUUCAUUUUCCAAAUUCUGGUUAAUCCGUUUCUCAACCAAGCAAAAAACUUUAAUUUCUUCGAAAUAACUACUGCCCCCUUGCCCUUCCUUUUCACUCUGAUCUCCUUAGCUUCUUCAAAAAUCCUUAAUUUCACUUUUGCUCAGAGCUCUUCAUAGCUUGUACUUGCACCUCAAAUGGAGAGAGACUUCAUGGGCUUAACUGUGAAACAGGAGAUUCCUGAAGAACCCAUAGAUCCAGCACCUAUCAGGAGUUGUGCAAUGUCGACCAAGAUCUCGAAUCUUCCUCAAUAUCUGUCCUUCAAGGGUGUUCAAGAGGAAAAGCCGAAGACUGGUUUUGAUGCCCUUGCUUCGACAGGAUUGGUGACGAUAACAACUACUGAUGCUGUUGAUUCUGGUUUGCGGGCGUUCUCUGGAGCUACUACUCCACAGAAGAAUAUGGUUGUUGAAAAACAAGGGGGACUACAUUACACAGUGACAACUUAUCCCGCAAAUCACUUUCGAUCUCAUGAAGUGAAAGUAGUCCCAAUCGUUAGCAAAACGAAUCAAAUGUCGAUUUCUAUGAACAUGCCUGUUCACCCGUCGUUUGUUUCCCCUGCUGGACAGAAUCUGUUUGGUGCUGCAAAUUUGCGCCCUUCUGCUGGCAGUGCUGUUGUUGGCACUACUGAACUAAGGAAUGGUCCACAGAUGGCGAGGGGUCCUGCACAGUUGACCAUAUUCUAUGCUGGUUCGGUGUGUGUCUAUGAAAAUAUUUCUCCCGAGAAGGCUCAAGCUAUUAUGCUGCUGGCUGGAAACGGGACUCCCUCGGGAGCUCCAGUUCAGGCGCCUUUACCAAUGCCUCCCGUCAUUAGCAGCUUCGCUGUAAACCCGAGCCAUAUUGCAACGCCAUGUUUUCCAAGCCCCGUUUUGAAGACACCCCAGCCUGUCUCUCAGCCUGCUGCGGGAUCUGUUAGCACCAACGAAGCAAACGUGGUGAAAACAAUAGGCGUCGUGGCAUCUCAACCUAUCAAAGCUGAGCCUCUCAAAGCUGUUUCGCCAGGGUCUAUCCGGGCCACCUUAAUUCCAUCAGCUGUUCCUCAAGCUCGCAAGGCCUCCUUGGCUCGGUUUCUUGAGAAGCGCAAGGAAAGGGUAAUGAGUGCAUCGCCCUACUUGAGCAAGAUGUACCCGGAGUGCAACAAGCCCGGGCAAAGCUUCUCUAUGAACAGUUUGGGGUCGAGUUCUCUGCAUGCCACCAGUUAGUACGUGUGAAGACCGGGCGGGCUGUGAGAUUGAAGCAGUAUAAUUAAAUAGAUAUUGGGUGAAGGGGUGUCUGCAAUGGUCCCUUUGCUGAAACAAAAAUGUAUUUGUUUUCACCUAAAUGAUCCUUAGAUGGGAUUGAAGGUGUUCCUUUUGCUCAGUUGUGUCCAAGACUUUUUUCAUCAUCCCAGUAUUAUAGAAGCAUUUGUAGGUUGCCUUAGCUUUCUUCAGUAUACUGUAGAAAGUGUUUUUAUUAUAUAUACUAAGUAGAAUUGAACACAUUAUUGUUUGUUGCCUACAUGCAUGUGUUGAUGCUUUGCUAUUGGGCAGCUUGUAGCCAACAUUAUAUGUUGUGGAAAAUUUUGUGUUAAUGGUUACUUCACAUCAAUCUUCAUCA